CUCUUUCAGGUAGUCCGGGGCUUUCCGUUCUCCGCAGACAGAAGAAAUACAGAAGUGCUCCGGUUUCUGAACCCUUAGACCAGAGCUUAAACUCCGAGCCGGACAGCAGAAGUGUCAGAUCUACACAAGUUCUUCAAGAUAGUCGAACCUACUGGAGCACCUGCAGGAUGGCCGAUAAUAGCAGUCAAAACGAAGUCCUGAUUGAGGGCGCACCCAACGCGAUGCCCGCUCCUAGGCGGGCCUCCUCCGGUAACCUGAAGGUGGCUGGGCUGACCCUGCUGGCAUGCCUGCUGCUGGCUGGACAGGCCGUCACCACCUACGUGCUGCUCAGCCAGGGACAGCACCUGACCGCUCUAGAGGAGGGGACUAACACACUCCGCCGCCAGCUGGGGCAGAGGUCCACCGUGCCCGGCGGUGCUGCCCGUGUGAUGCAGGUGCCUCUCAGUAUGCCCCUGCUGAAGGACUUCUCUGAGGCCGACGACAAAGCUCCACAACCUCGCCGCCUGCCCCUCACUAGGCUCCAGAGUGCCAUCAAGAGUGACACUGGAACGACCCCUGUUGCAGCGGUGCUGCUGGACACCAAGUGUGCCCUAGAGGCGGUGGGUCCGGUCCACCCCGGCUUCUAUAAGCCCCAGUGUGACGAGCAGGGCAACUACAAACCCCUGCAGUGCUGGUACAGCACCGGCUACUGCUGGUGUGUGGACAAGGACGGCACUGAGGUGACUGGCACACGCCACCGUGGAGAACCGCGCCCUACCUGCCAGUGAGCAGUGCCAUCUGCAUGAGAGAGGAGCCUUCGUCGUGACGGCCAUCAUUGUCAUGGUCACCUCCUCGCUCCUGCUCUGUCCUGUGGUCUUCUCGGGUUUAAUCACCAGACUCUCUCCUCGUCUCUCUCUGCUCCUCUGCUGUGGGACACUCUGCCACUCAAGGGGGGGCACCUGGGCCAGGGUGCAGGUCGGCUCGGUGCUGCCCCCCCCCAAAUCUCCUCCUGCUGUAGGUGGGCCGGACUGCGGCUCAGGAGGUGGGCUAGUCUGCCAGGCCUGAUUGAUUCAGACCAUCCACCCCACACAUCCCUCCUUAACACCCUCUUGCCCCCUAAACCCCAAAUACCCCCCCCUCCUUUUUACACCUAAACCCCAAAAUACCCCCCCCCCCCCCCCCACCGUAAACCCAAAGUGCCUCCUGCACCCACCCCCGCCCCCCCCGUCCACCCUGAGCCCAAAGCAGUCCUCUCCUACAGGACGGCUGAGUCACUCUGAAUCACUCAUGGCCUGCUGCAGCUGCCAUCCUCCAUUUGUUUAUAUGCUGAUAUAACCUUUCUCACAUAAAGAUAACCCUCACAUCGCUACACACACCUACCUUUUGCACUCUCUUUAGUUAACAGUACUGCUGUUCACUAGGUCUUUGUUAGUGAUUGACGCUGUCUAUUUACUCUAAGAAAAGUCUGGGGUCACCGUGGGACAUGAUGAGGGCAUGGCUUUGUGAACAGGAAAUAAAGGGGCCUCCAGAACAAACA